AUGCGGACAUACCAGUGGGAGUCGAGUGGUGGGGUGGAGAGCUCACAAAUCACAACAAGCAUUUUUGCUCCCACUUCGUGGGGUUGUAGCAGCGUGACAACUGUUAACAACUUCCUACUUGGGCAUCAGGGUUACGUUUAUACCUACAGAGUGUCCAAGACAGAAUCUGGGUCCUGGAGUGCUGAGACAGCGCCUGGAGUCCACCGGAGGCUCUUUCGGAAAAUGCACAACCUCAUUUCGGCCUUCCAGAAACCCAACCAAGGCAUCAUAACGCCCUUGAAGCACCCGGUCAUCAACCAUGCGAAAGCCCCAGGGAGAAAUGAAGGCCAUGACUUCCACCUGCAGCCAUCAUGAAGACAUGUCCCCAAGUGUGACAUAACCAUAUCUUCCAAUGUCUCCUCUAGUCCACACUCUAGAACAGAAUGACUUAUAUGCUAGUUUAUACAACUCCAUGAGUUUUCUUGUAACAUUUGCAGAAAUGUGUAUUUCAUAGAAUUUCUGGCUCAAAAUUUAGAAGUUUUAAGUUUCAGAAUG